CUUAAAAAAAAAGUUCCAAAAUUAAAAAUAAAAAUGUUCCUUUUCCAAAUUUUAUUAGUGGCCAGUAUUUUAAGCAGCAUAUUUUCAUACAAUCCCUUUGUUUUUGAGUCAGAGCGACCAGGGGAUCAUGGGUACUACGGAGUACAUGAUGGCUCGAAGGACGAGGUCAUGAAUGAGUGGACAGUAGAAGUGGACGGUGAUGAGGAGGUGGCGCAGCUGAUCGCGCUGGAGUUGGGAUACUUGUAUGGAGGGCCGGUGAUCGGUUUCCCCAACACCUACUCCUUCCUGAAGUACCGCCACAGCAAGCAGCGGCGCACGUACAGCGACUCAUCACUAGCUCUUAUCAAAGACAGAAGGAUAAGAUGGGCAGAACCACUAUUCUCCAAGUCGCGAGUGAAACGCUACCCGACCCCGGAACCAGAUGCGUCUCUAGAGCGAGUGAAAAGGAUAGACAAACAAGAGGAAAAGAGACAGAAGAGGGAGGUCGACAGGCCUCUGUUCAAUGAUGAGUUGUGGGGUGAAGAAUGGUAUUUGCAAGACUUACGCAACAUACGGUCAUUACACCGCCUGGAUCUAAACGUGCUACCCGUGUACGCUAUGGGGUACACCGGCCACGGGGUACGCGUGUCCGUACUCGACGACGGUGUGGAACACAACCACACUGAUCUGCGCGACAACUAUGAUCCCGAAAUCAGUUGGGACUGCAACGAUGGCGACCCGGAUCCGUCUCCGUCUCAGAAAGAUCUUCGUCGCAAUUCGCAUGGCACCAGGUGCGCAGGAGAAAUAGCUAUGACGGCGAAUAACGUGAAAUGCGGCGUGGGCGUGGCCUGGGGGGCAAGAGUGGGCGGGGUCCGGAUGCUCGACGGGCGAAUCACGGAUCGCAUCGAAGGCGAAGGAAUAGGUUACGCCUGGGACAAAGUCGAUAUCUACAGCGCGUCUUGGGGCCCUAAUGACGACGGGCGCACGGUUGAAGGACCGGGCCGUCUCGCAACGCAGGCGUUCAAGCGGGGAGUCACACAGGGUCGCAACGGUAAAGGCGUUAUAUACGUUUGGGCCAACGGAAACGGAGGAAUACAUCGGGAUAAUUGCAACUGUGAUGGCUAUUCUUCAUCAAUCUACACGGUGUCGAUCGGGAGUGCUUCUCAACAUGGCCGGUUUCCUUGGUACGGCGAGAUCUGUUCCUCAACCCUCGCCGUGGCUUACUCUUCAGGAGCUCGCCAGGAUCAGAAAAUAGCAACAACGGAUACAAAUGAUUCGUGCACGCUGGACCAUACCGGCACCUCAGCUGCCGCGCCUCUCGCAGCCGGCAUCAUAGCUCUCGCGUUGGAAGCAAACUCUAAUCUAACUUGGAGAGACGUUCAACAUCUAAUUGCUUGGACUUCAGACUCCAGUACAUUGGCAGGCAACCCCGGAUGGCAAAUCAAUGACGUCGGUCUUCGAUUUGACGUUCGAUUUGGCUUCGGUCUACUUAACGCUGAAGCCCUAGUGUCUAGAGCUCAGAACUGGAUAACGGUUCCUGAGAAACUGACUUGCCACAUACUACCACAAUACAAAAUCAAUAAUAAACUAACAUCAGGGCAACAAGUAAACAUUCAUUUUGACGCCCACCACUGCCCAGUGAACUACGUCGAGCACGUGGAGUUCAUUAUAAACGUUCACUACAGCAAGCGGGGAGCGCUCGAGACGUAUCUGACGUCUGCACGCGGGACGAGGGUACAGCUUUUAAGUGCCCGACCUGAAGACAGCAAUACUGCCUUCUCCAACUGGCCUCUCAUGUCAGUGGCCACCUGGGGAGAGAAUCCUAAAGGCGUGUGGCGUGCUGUUAUAUUAGACGACACGAACAAAGCUAAUGUAGGAGAAGUUGGACAGACGACAUUAAUCAUACACGGAACAAGCGAGACACCAGCUCACAUGAAACAUUUACUUAAAGAUAAUGAAAUUACAAAUGAUGAUGCUUCUAAUAAUGAAAACUUAUUUAAUGAUUUGCUAGAUGUUACAGAGAAUCAUGAUAUUCAUGAUGCUAAAGUGGACUCUGGCACGCCACUAAAACACAUAGUCGUUCAAGAAGCAGAUUAUUUACACGUAAAUGGUGAUAAGUCUAAUAAUGAAAAUAUAUUUAGUUAUUUAAUAGGCGCUGCUCAGGAUCACGAUGUGGACUCUGGCACGCAACUGAUAAAACAUGUUCAAGAUGAUGAUGUUAAAAAUGGUGAUAGAAAUGGAGACUUGUUAAGUCAUUUGCUAGGUGUAGAGAUAGAGGGCCACGAAGAAGUGAAAGUAGACCCAACGCUCCUGACAGCUGUAGGAAGGAACUACUUCGGAUGCAUCACAGGAAAGUAA